AUGCAAAGUGAGGAUAAGAGAGUUGUUGAUUUAUACAUUCCAAGGAAAUGCGAGGCUACUAAUAAACUGAUUCAUCCAAAGGACCAUGCCUCUGUUCAUAUUAAUAUUGCUGAUGUUGAUGAAAAUGGAGUUAUCACUGGUACUUCUCAGAGCAUUACCAUCGGUGGAUAUAUGAGAAGGAGGGGAUAUGCUGAUUGCGCUCUAAACAGAUUAUUCCACGAUAAAGGGCUUUUGUCUUUCAAUAAAUAA